AUGACAGGUUGGUUUGUGUUCCUCGUGGCAGUCGUCUUUCUCCUCUCAUCAUCAGCUGACGCAUGCGACCGAUGUCUUCACCUCUCUAAGGCUUCUUAUUUCACCUCUGCCUCUGCCCUCUCCUCCGGAGCUUGUGCCUAUGGCUCUUUGGCUACAGGUUUCUUCGCCGGUCACAUUGCUGCCGCCGUGCCUUCCAUCUACAAAGACGGCGCCGGCUGCGGAUCUUGCUUUCAGGUCAGAUGCAACAAUCCCAAGCUGUGUAGCACCAAAGGAACCACCGUGAUGGUCACAGACCUCAACAAGUCCAACAAGACCGAUCUCGUCCUCAGCAGCAGAGCCUUCAGGGCCUUGGCUAAGCCUGUUAUCGGCGCCGACAGAGAUCUUCUCAGACAAGGCAUUGUCGACAUCGAAUACCGCAGAGUUCCUUGCGAUUACGGAAACAAGAAGAUGAAGGUGAGAGUGGAAGAAUCAAGCAAAAAGCCUAAUUACUUGGCGAUUAAGCUCUUGUACCAAGGAGGCCAAACCGAAGUCGUAGCCAUCGACAUUGCUCAGGUGGGCUCGUCCAAUUGGGGUUACAUGACCAGAAGCCAUGGAGCCGUGUGGGUGACUGACAAAGUCCCCACCGGAGCUCUGCAGUUCAGGUUCGUGUUUACUGCUGGCUACGACGGUAAAAUGGCUUUGUCUCCGAGGGUUCUUCCGGCCAACUGGGAAGUUGGCAAGAUCUACGACGCCGGAGUUCAGAUCUCCGACAUUGCUCAGGAAGGUUGUGAUUCUUGCGACGAUCACAUCUGGAACUAA